UACAAUUGAAAUUGAAGGAAUAUUCAAUAUUUUUGAAAAAUCGAAUCUGGAAAACAGAGCAGCCCGAAAUCCUUCUCAGUUCCCGUCAAGAAACCAUUUUUCUUCACCGGAAUCGAGAUUUCGCUCCAAACCCUUCAUUUUCCGGCAAUUCCCUGGCAUUUUUACAGUAGCUACCCAAAGCUCUUCUGCUCAAGUUGUAAAAAAUGUCACGUUUUCCAAUGAAUCCUUACGAUGAGCAGAGAUUAAUAGAAGAAGUUCGAUACCUCCAUUCUUUAUGGCAUCAAGGUCCCCCUCACCCCCAUGUCCACCCCAAUCUCCACCCCCAAACCCCAGUGAGUCUACAACCCUCCGGUUCUACUCAGUUUAAGAAACAAAAUAAGCAGAAAUCCAAAAGGCUGAAGGAAGCUUUAAUAGAUUCUGGUGUUGGAUGGGUUUUUCCAAUUCCUGCUGAAUCAUCUCCAGUCACUGAUUCCGGCUGGCCCAGUUUCACUGCACAACCAAGUUUGCAACCCCAGUUGCCCACUGCUGAAGAAUUGGCUAGUGUUGCUGGGAACCGGGCUCAGCAACAGGGGUUGAAGGCGGUAUCGGAGUAUUUGAAGUACUCAGUUGAUGAUGAUGAGGAGGAGAUGUAUGAUGAUGAUGAUGAUAUGGAAGUGGAAAAGGAGGAGAAAAAAAUGAACUUUUUCGCCAAGUUGUUUGAGGAGGAUGGUGGGUUGAGAGAGUAUUAUGAGAAGAACAAUGAGAGCGGUGGGGAAUUUAUUUGUCUUGUGUGUAGUGGGGUUGGUAAGAAAGGGUGGAGUAAGAGGUUUAAGGAUUGUGUGGGUCUUGUUCAGCAUUCGAUUACUAUAUCGAACAUGAGGCAGGCACAUAGGGCUUAUGGUCAGGUCAUUUGUCGAAUUCUUGGAUGGGAUAUUAAUAGGCUUCCAUCCAUUGUUUUGUCUGCAGGUGGUAAGCCUAGUGAAUCUUCUGAUAAACCGGUGGAGGCUCAGGGGAAUGAGGAUGCUGGUGGUAAAGAUUGUUUGAGUGGUCUAAGCAAUACAACAGAUGCUGUAAAUGUUGGCACUGAUGAAUUAUCUCAGCAAAAACAGUCUUUUAGUAAUGAAAACCAACAAGAAAAUGGUGGUGGCUCCACAGCAUUAGAGCACAACUCCGUAAUUGAAGCCAAUGUCAGCAAUGAGAUUCCUGAAACAGCAAAAGAGAACACAGAGGGUGCAUCCAAUUGUCCGGGGAAUGAGUGUGAUGGUGGAAAGUUCAGCUUGAGUGAUAUAAGCAAUACCAAAGAUACUGUAAAUAUUGGCAGCAGUGAGUUAUCUCAGCAAAACAGGUCUUCCAGUAAUGAAAACCAGCCAGAAAAUGGCGGUUUCUCCACAACGUUAGAGCACAAGUCCACAAGUGAAGCCAAUGCAAAUGAAUAUGUUAGCAAUGAUAUACCCGAAACAGCAAAAGAGAACGCAGAGGGUGCAUCCAAUUGUCUGGAACCAUUGCCAGAUGAUAUGAUUGUUGCAAAUGAAGAAAACAAUGAUGUUUCAAGUGAGAAUGCAACGUGAAACAGCUCAUGCUUUCAAGAUCUCCCGUUCCAGGAGAUCAUCUCUCAUGAUAAUGAUUGUUAUAUGAUUGAGGGAAAAACUAUAAGUUUGUAAUCUCGUGCUCUCUCUUGGUAACUCGAACAAGUUUAACCUUCAAAUUACAACUGUCAGAUUACAAAAAUUUAGUGAUUGAUUCGUUUAUGCUUAGCUCUUCCAGAUUAAGCCUUACCUUUUGUAACUAACUCGCAAACAGCCUCGUCUAAUUUCAUAUCAAGAUCUGGUAUCCAUUGCAAGU